CAUCCGGGUCAAAUGGUCACAAUAUGGCGUCGUUUGCGUAACAGGAUAAACAUAUUUGUUCUUGCAUCGGUGUAGGCUUGUAUUUAAUUGUUUUUACCGAAUAGUUUUUUAAUUUGGGUACAAGUAUCAUCUGUCAGCAGUAUGGGAGGCGGGGAUCUUAACUUGAAGAAAAGUUGGCAUCCGCAAACAUUGAAGAACAUCGAGCGUGUUUGGAAAGCUGAACAGAAGUACGAGGCAGAACGGAAGAAGAUCGAAGAACUCCAGAAGGAGCUGAAAGAUGAAAGAGCUCGUGAAGAGCUCACAAGAUAUGCGCAGGAAAGUGGCUCAGUCAAGAAAAAAGAUGACCGCCUGGACUGGAUGUACCAAGGACCAGGCGGUCAGAUCUCACGGGACGAGUACCUGCUUGGCCGCCCCAUCGACAAGCAGAUCCUGGACCAGUACGAGGAGCCUGAGAGCGGUCCCUCCACCGAGACUGGCCUGCUGCCAGGCUCCAUCUUCAACCCCAGCGCCCCCACCUCCAGUCUGGACAUGGCUGCCAAGAUCAGGGAGGACCCCCUGUUUGAGAUUCGCAAGCGGGAAGAGGAGAAGAAGCGUUCAGUUCUCACAAAUCCAGUGAAGAUGAAGAUGAUCAAAGAAAUGCUUCGUCAAAAUCUUGACAAGAAAGACAAAAAGAAGAAGAGGAAGAAGGACAAAAAAGACCGAAAGGAGGAGAAGAGGGAGAAGAGGAAAGAGAAGAAACACAAGAGGAGGAACUCCAGCUCCAGCUCCGAUGAGGACGAGCGCAAACCACGGUCCCACGCCAAAGACUCAUCUCCAUCAUCUCACCACCACCACAAGCCUGGCUAUGGGCUCCUGAUUCCAAAUGGCCGCUCUCAACAUUCGUCAGUGCCCCGUGACCGCUCCUCUGACCACCAGCGGGAUCGGAGCCGCUCACCCCUCUCCCACCGGUCCCACCGGGACAACAACUCCUCCCACGAUGCUGAGCGCAGAGACUCGCACCGGAGACCUCCCAGCCCGCCCAAACCGCGCUACCAGCGGCCACAGCACACACACCGCACUAAAAAUCUCUCUGCAGAGGAGUUGGAGAAGAAGAGACGGCAGAUGAUGGAAUUUGCCCAGCAGAGAGACGAGGAGCGAGAGAGCAACGUGCGUCGCUACAGACAACAGGAAGAGCAGGAGAAGGCACGGGACACCAAACAGGACCGCCAUGCCAGCUUCAUCCAUGAAAUGAAGUUGGAGAGCGCUUCCACCUCCUCUCUGGAGGACCGGGUCAAGAGGAACAUCCACUCCAUCCAGCGAACCCCUGCAUCCCUGGAGAAGAACUUCAUGAGGAGAUGAACAUGAGAUGAGAAGAGGGAGGGAUAGAAGAAUAGAUGGAGAUUUUGAAAAGGAAUAGACCUCUCAAGUUUGCCUACAAAAAGGACCCAAAUUCUGCCAUCUUUGCCCCUAUAAGGAGAUCCGGGUACCAUCUUUGCCCAUAUAAGGAGAUCUGGAUCUCCUUAUAUGGGCAAAGAUACCAUCUUUUUGUAGAUAACCUUCAGCAUUUUAUAGGGGAAGUAAGUUUAGACUGAACACAGAGCCUCCAGGAAUUAGCUCAAACUCCCAGACUUCAUAUGGCUUCAGUGGGUCAAGUAUUUAGGGAUGUUUGGGACCAAACAAAAGAAUAUUGCUGUGGUUACCUUCCUCCUUUGUCUUUGGUUUUUGUAAAGAUUCUUAUUGAAUACACCAGCACAAGUACUGUUUUUUUCUGUAUAUUCAAAAAAUGUGAUUUGUACAGAUUUUUCUCUGCAACUCAUGGUUUUCAUGUAUAGUUAUACUGUGUAAUGCAUAUAUAUGGUGGAUAUAUUGGAUGUUUCAGAUGCAUUUUCCUGUUUUUAUUAUUUUGACAGAUUAAAAAAAAUCUCAA